UGAUAAGGAAAGUUCAGCUGUCUUAAUAAAUGACCAUGAUGUCGUCAUCAGUGAUUAUUUCAUGAUAAUAGAGACGCUACAAACCGGAAAUGGAUAUACAAACGUGUUUAUCUCUCCUUUUCUAUCUGGCAAGUUUACUUCAAUAUUCAUAUGGUGACGUCAUAUCCGGGAAGAACUUCUGGCGUAUUUAUGGACGGCGCAUGCGUGGCAUGGGAUCUUCUGCAAGUGGAUCGUCUUGGACAGUUGCACCGUCUAGUACGCCCGCAAACGCUCAAUCUAGUUCCGGUCCAUCGGCUUCAAACACAACAUCGGGCUUAGUGUGUCCGUCUUUGGCAAACAACUGUCCACAAUUCAUGGUCAAACUGGACGCAAAUGAUUGUCCGUACUGUUCAAAUUCAGGAGGACCAAACAGCAACAAUCUAGCAGGGGCUGCCAGUCAUGUGAACAACUGUCCACCCAAAGAUCCAAACAUCCCCUGGAGCGAGUGUCACAUUGACAGACAGGGGUGUAUUUUAUGUAACGGACAAAACGCGCAUGCUGCUAAGUACAAAAGACAGUUUGGUAGUAACUGUCCGCAGUAUAAUAUGAUGUGUCCAUGUACUAAAUAUGUCAACGGAUGUUUCAUAUGUCCAUCAUCUUGCAAUACUGGAACUUCCGGUACAAGCAGUUUUAGCAGCUUUGUGCCUGGUGAACUUGGUGGUGGGAUGCCCAUUGGACCAGGAUUUUCUACAAGUGGAUCGUCUGCUACAGUUGCACCGUCUAGUGCGCACGCAAACGCUCAAUCUAGUUCCGGUUCCGGUUCAUCGGCUUCAAACACAAAACCGGGCUUAGUGUGUCCGUCUUUGGCAAACAACUGUCCGCAAUUCAUGGUCAAACUGGACGCCAAUGAUUGUCCGUACUGUUCAAAUUCAGGAGGACCAAACAGCAACAAUCUAGCAGGGGCUGCCAGUCAUAUGAACAACUGUCCACCCAAAGAUCCAAACAUCCCCUGGAGCGAAUGUCACAUCGACAGACAGGGGUGUAUUUUAUGUAACGGACAAAUUAAGUCAACAACAAGACCGACUUCACCAUCAACAACACCUACAACAACGAUUAAAUCCACAACACAACCCACUACACCGGCAACCACGACCGUUAAAUCAACAACACAGCCAACUACGCCAACAACCACGACUAUGAAAUCCACAACCAAGUCCAUAACGCCAACAACGACUGUUAAAUCCACAAUCCAACCCACUACGCCGACAACGACUGUUAAAUCCACAACACAACCAACUACACCGACAACGACUGUUAAAUCCACAACACAACCAACUACACCGACAACCACGACUGUUAAAUCCACAACACAGCCAACUACGCCGACAACCACGACUGUGAAAUCCACAACACAACCCACUACGCCGACAACCACGACUGUGAAAUCGACAACACAACCCACUACACCGACAACCACGACUGUGAAAUCGACAACACAACCCACUACACCGACAACCACGACUGUGAAAUCCACAACACAACCCACUACACCGACAACCACGACUGUGAAAUUGACAACACAACCAACUACAUCGACAACCACGACUGUGAAAUCGACAACACAACCCACUACACCGACAACCACGACUGUAAAAUCCGCAACACAACCAACUACACCGACAACCACGACUGUGAAAUCCACAACACGGACCACUACGCCAGAAACGACUGUGAAAUCGACAACACAGCCAAAAGCACCGACAACAACGACUAUGAAAUCAACAACACAGCCAUCAACGCCGACAACGACUGUUAAAUCCACAACAAAGCCCACUACGCCGACAACAACGACUGUAAAAUCCACAACACAGCCAUCAACACCGACAACGACUGUUAAAUCCACAACACAGCCAUCAACGCCGACAACGACUGUAAAACCCACAACACAGCCAUCAACGCCGACAACGACUGUAAAAUCCACAAGACAGCCAACAGCACCGACAACAACGACUGUGAAAUCAACAACACAACCUAAAACGAUGACGACAUUAAAGAUUUCCUCCUCAAAUACAAUAACCUCUUCGACUUAUAAGACAAUAACAGCAUCAUCAAUGCCACCCAUCAGGUCGGAUGUUAUAGCAAACACAACAUCAAACGACAUAACCACAUCUCAACAAAUUACAACACCUAAUCCACCUCCGCCAAUGAUAGCAAAAUCAUCAACUUCUCAAGCAGCAGGGACAACCCUGACUCCGCCCACAACGGUGACAAGAGCAACCAGUUUAACACCACCCACUUCUUCAGCAGUUACCUCAGACACUACAUCUCCAAUAUCUACGACUGUAUUACAAACAACAACUACUGCAUUCAAUGGAAUCUGCCCGCCGUUUCCUGAUACAUGCCCAUCAGCUGCAGGGUGUGCUGUGUUUGACGCUAACUUUUGUCCGAAAUGCGUUUGUGGGGCCGAUUUUACGACAACUACUGCAAAGUUUACCGGAUGUCAACCACAGCAAUGUCUCCUCGAUUGUGGAAAUCCGCCAAAAUACAAAAAAGACCAUCACGGAUGUGACGUAUGCCUUUGUGAUUUUGGACGAUAAAUAAAUUUGACCUAAAUAUUGUAAA